UUCCCCCAAAUUCCUCAAAGAUGGUUUGUCUCACGUGUUGCAGGGCGUAAAAGCGGCUUGCAUUCAAUUAGCAGCGAAGCUCGCGGGCGCUGGCGGGACAGGCGCGUGAGGCCACAACACAUGCAUGUAUCUUCCUUGGACUAUCUUCCCUGCUCUGCCACACCGGGUCUGGAGAAGGGGUUUCAGCCCCAGGACAUUUACUGAGAGUCGGAGCCGCGAUGUUCCCCCUACGGGCCCUGUGGUUGGUCUGGGCGCUUCUAGGAGUGGCCGGAGCAUGCCCGGAGCCGUGCGCCUGCGUGGACAAGUACGCUCACCAGUUCGCGGACUGCGCUUACAAAGAGUUGCGUGAGGUGCCGGAAGGACUGCCUGCCAACGUGACGACGCUUAGUCUGUCCGCGAACAAGAUCACGGUGCUGCGGCGCGGGGCCUUCGCCGAUGUCACACAGGUCACGUCGCUGUGGCUGGCGCACAAUGAGGUGCGCACCGUGGAGCCAGGUGCACUGGCCGUGCUGAGUCAGCUCAAGAACCUCGACUUGAGCCACAACUUCAUAUCCAGCUUUCCGUGGAGCGACCUGCGCAACCUGAGCGCGCUGCAGCUGCUCAAAAUGAACCACAACCGCCUGGGCUCUCUGCCCCGGGACGCACUCGGUGCGCUACCCGACCUGCGUUCCCUGCGCAUCAACAACAACCGGCUGCGUACGCUGGCGCCCGGCACCUUCGACGCGCUCAGCGCGCUGUCACAUCUGCAACUCUAUCACAAUCCCUUCCACUGCGGCUGCGGCCUUGUGUGGCUGCAGGCCUGGGCCGCGAGCACCCGGGUGUCCUUACCCGAGCCCGACUCCAUUGCUUGUGCCUCGCCUCCCGCGCUGCAGGGGGUGCCGGUGUACCGCCUGCCCGCCCUGCCCUGUGCACCGCCCAGCGUGCAUCUGAGUGCCGAGCCACCACUUGAGGCACCCGGCACCCCACUGCGCGCGGGACUGGCGUUCGUGUUACACUGCAUCGCCGACGGCCACCCCACGCCUCGCCUGCAAUGGCAACUUCAGAUCCCCGGUGGCACCGUAGUCUUAGAGCCACCGGUUCUGAACGGGGAGGACGACGGGGUUGGGGCGGAGGAAGGAGAGGGAGAAGGAGAUGGGGAUUUGCUGACGCAGACCCAAGCCCCAACGCCGACUCCAGCACCCGCUUGGCCUGCGCCCCCAGCCACACCGCGCUUCCUGGCCCUCGCAAACGGCUCCCUGUUGGUGCCCCUCCUGAGUGCCAAGGAGGCGGGCGUCUACACUUGCCGCGCACACAAUGAGCUGGGCGCCAACUCUACGUCAAUACGCGUGGCAGUGGCAGCAACCGGCCCCCCAAAACACGCGCCUGGCGCCGGGGGAGAACCCGACGGGCAGGCCCCGACCUCUGAGCGCAAGUCCACAGCCAAGGGCCGGGGCAACAGCGUCCUGCCUUCCAAACCCGAGGGCAAAAUCAAAGGCCAAGGCCUGGCCAAGGUCAGCAUUCUCGCGGAGACCGAGACGGAGCCGGAGGAGGACACAAGUGAGGGAGAGGAGGCCGAAGACCAGAUCCUCGCGGACCCGGCGGAGGAGCAGCGCUGUGGCAAUGGGGACCCCUCUAGGUACGUUUCUAACCACGCGUUCAACCAGAGCGCAGAGCUCAAGCCGCACGUCUUCGAGCUGGGCGUCAUCGCGCUGGAUGUGGCGGAGCGCGAGGCGCGGGUGCAGCUGACGCCGCUGGCCGCACGCUGGGGCCCUGGGCCAGGCGGGGCUGGUGGAGCCCGGCGACCCGGGCGGCGACCCCUGCGCCUACUCUAUCUGUGUCCAGCGGGGGGCGGCGCGGCAGUGCAGUGGUCCCGCGUAGAGGAAGGCGUCAACGCCUACUGGUUCCGCGGCCUGCGGCCGGGUACCAACUACUCCGUGUGCCUGGCGCUGGCGGGCGAAGCCUGCCACGUGCAAGUGGUGUUUUCCACCAAGAAGGAACUCCCAUCGCUGCUGGUCAUCGUGGCAGUGAGCGUAUUCCUCCUGGUGCUGGCCACAGUGCCCCUUCUGGGCGCCGCCUGCUGCCAUCUGCUGGCUAAACACCCGGGCAAGCCCUACCGUCUGAUCCUGCGGCCUCAGGCCCCUGACCCUAUGGAGAAGCGCAUCGCCGCAGACUUCGACCCGCGUGCUUCCUACCUCGAGUCCGAGAAAAGCUACCCGGCAGGCGGCGAGGCGGGCGGCGAGGAGCCAGAGGAUGCGCAGGGGGAGGGCCUUGAUGAAGACGUGGAGCAGGGAGACCCAAGUGGGGACCUGCAGAGAGAGGAGAGCCUGGCGGCCUGCUCACUGGUGGAGUCCCACUCCAAGGCCAACCAAGAGGAGUUCGAGGCGGGCUCUGAGUACAGCGAUCGGCUGCCCCUGGGCGCCGAGGCGGUCAACAUCGCCCAGGAGAUUAAUGGCAACUACAGGCAGACGGCAGGCUGAACCUCCGCCCAUCCGGCCCGCCCAUUCCCGACCUCCACCUAGGGUGCCUGGGAGCAGCAGUCUAGGGCUGGCAGGACUUAUGUCCCCCGUCCCCAACCUUCACCUACUCCUCCCCCUUACUACUCCCCAACCUUGACUACCAGGGACUUCUAUUAGGGAGUGGGCCGAUUUCAUCAGUCCCUGCUACCCACGGCUGCCAUUCUCCCUGCGGGCUGAAUCCCCUUCCCCACCAAGCACAGUGUUUAUCUUACCCCAUGCAAGAAUCCACCCGCAGACGAUGGGCGAUAUCUAUGUCCCUCCAUUCGCGAUUAUCUGCGAAAUCCACCCCGCAGCACGCCCCACCGUGGGCUCUGGAGCCAGAGGAAACGAGCGGAAGACUUUGGAAACCUCGCGGUAACGCGGUGGUUUCGGGGCCAGCCAGGGCCAGUGGAGUGCUAUGGGGUCCCACCUCGACCCCUCCUCCUCCCUUUCUUUCUUUCUUUCUUUUUUUUUUUUUU